AGUCGAACAAAAACUCUUCUUUUUGGGGACAAGUGUGUUUGGUUUCAUUUCCUUUUGUGCAUUGCAUAAAUUGGUUUUAAUAAUUUUUAGAGUUAUAACCAACCAACAUGUCUUCAGUUUGUUGUGGAACUAAAAAACAAAAAUUGAAUAACUCAUAUAGUAAUAACUUAGAGCGACCUUUAAACGGUUACCAAGAGUCUGUAGCUAUACCUGAUAUGUGUUACUUUUGUUUCGAUGUUUUGUAUUGUCAGCUGCAUAGCAUGGACCCUCCACAGACGCCAAAUUUUACCAAUGAUGCCUACCCCUUGUUUGUGACUUGGAAAAUAGGGAAGGAGCAUCGUCUAAGAGGAUGCAUUGGAACUUUCAAUGCAAUGCAUUUGCAUUCAGGUCUUCGUGAGUAUGCAAUUACUAGUGCAUUGAAGGAUUCCCGUUUCACUCCCAUCACACGGGAGGAGGUACCGCGGCUUACCGUCUCGGUGUCAAUUCUGCAGAAUUUCGAAGAGGCAGAGCACUACUUGGACUGGAAGCUGGGCAAACACGGCAUCCGCAUCGAAUUUCUUAGUGAACGCGGCACUAAGCGUACUGCAACCUACUUACCUCAAGUUGCCACUGAACAAGGUUGGGACCAAAUCCAAACUAUUGACUCGCUCCUCAGAAAGGGCGGUUACAAAGCGGCCAUCACGGCCGACCUGCGCAGGAGCAUCAAACUCACGCGCUACCAAAGUGAAGAGAUCUCUGCCACGUACAACGAUUACAUCAACCAGCGAUGCUAGCGGCAGCUAUCCUCUGGCGGGGUUCGCCAUCCGAGUAUUUGUGACCUUUCAUAUGAAUAUAAAACAUACUCCUGCUCGGAUGCAUACGAGCUAAGUGGUCACACAUACUGUGUUAGUAAUAACUUAGAUGUUAAGUGUAAGAAUAGUGUCCAGAAUCAUACUUCGUGUACAACUUGUUUAGAUAACCCUUCAGUUUACUUGGCGCUCGGAAGUACAACUGACAGUCAUAAUUAUGCUCAAAGUAAUUCGUCAGGCUCUCAUAGGUGCGAAACGUGUUAUAUUCAAAUUAUUUAGGGUUAUGAACACUGCCAACUAUGUACAUUCCCUCGUGACAACAAUGGUGCAAUCAAAACAUUGAAUAAACUUAUGAAUUCGUAAGGUAAAAGAAGUAUCGUAAAUUGUAUCAGGCAAUAGUUCUUAAGAUUGUGUAGGUACUUAUUUCACAAAAAGGGAACUUGUUAUUUAUAAUAAGUGAUUGAGAGCACUUUAGAUCCGCAAGUGCUUUGAUCAAAAUUUUGACUGAAAACUUUGUUUGCAUUUUGCUAUAAAUUGACUUUCAAUUCAAUGCAAAGUGGAAACAUAGUUUUACAUAUAUAUAAAUACAUACAUACAUAUUAAUCUCUAUGCUUAAAAAGCGCUCAUAAUAUGGUGGUCUAUUUCGAUUACUAUAAGUAUUGAGCCCUAUUUUGGCCAGAUUAUUUUCAUACAAACUUACUUUGAUUGAAAGUAUGACAUAAUCGCAAAUACGUGUACAUUUCGGUACCCGCUUGCUCCAUUUUUUAUGAUUGUUCUCAUUCAACAUACAACGCUUAAUUCUUGAUCAAAACCAUUUCACAACAAUAGUUAAACACAUGAAUAUAAUAGGCCCAUAGUGCGAUCACGUGAAAAGUCAUAAAAUAUGUCAGAUUAGAAUAAAUUUGGGGCAGAUGGGUGAAAUAGGAGAUGGCAUGUUCCAACAACGACGCGCGAUCAUCAUAAUUCCCUUUGUUGUUGCGUAUUGUGUCUUACUGUUGAAAUCUCACAAAGCAAUAAUUCUUGCGUCCAUCGAUCCGAGGCUUUGUCUACCCAAGGGAUAAAGACUUGAUUCUGUAGCUGUAAUAAGUAUUGUUAUUGUUAAUAUUAGAUAGAUAGACUGCCGUGAAUUUUGUGGCGAUGUUGUAACAAAUAAUGCGCAGUUGGUGACUAUAAGAACGUCUAGUCAAAAUAUUUUCGAUCGUGACAUGAAGAUAGUUCAACUUCAAGGAAGCCAACAAAGCCAGGCAUAAUGACGGUAAGAUGUCAUCGUAUGGGCCGCUUUGAUGUUUGCGUAACCUAGAGGAAGUGUGGAUAACAACGUAGAGAAACUGAGUUUAAUUAACUUCGGUAGAAAGUUCCUCAUUCUCAUCUUCAAUAUUGCGUGACAUAAAAGUGUUUUGGGGCAUCAAUAACUCGAAUAAAGGCGCUCUUCAUCGCUACAAAGGCAGCGGCGGCCGUCAUCAUUGGGUACACUUAUGCUAAGAAGUUCAUAGAUUUAUCAUAUAAUUCGAAAUAGGUUUAGAACAGCAGGAGGUAGAAUAUCAGUGCUGAAGGUGGCAGCAGUUUUGUUACCAAGUGUUCCCUGCAUGUCUUAUUUGCCUGUCCGUAAAUAGUAGGGUUGUAAUGGUUAGUGAAUGUGAAGGCGGUGAUGGGCAACGGCUUCGUGUGGGGCCUACCACCAACCGCCUACACUGUAGGCGGAGAUUGAGUGAAAGCUUGAUGACAAAUCCUUCUUUUGUUUUGUUUCCGUGUUGCUAUUUAAAUGAGUCACCAAAUCACUUACACGGCCGAACAAAAUAAUGCCCCUCACGUUCUCGAAUUCGAAGUAGUUUACAAAAUUUCUUUUGUAUACUUUUGUCGCAACGCAAGCCUAGAUCGCAAGUUUCGGUUAGACCUAAAGUCCGUUACAACCCUAAUAAAUAGACGUACUUACGAAAUUUAUAUAGGUAGUAGGUACCUACCUAAUGAAUAUUAUGUAAGAAUUUGUUCAUUUUAAAUUCUUUAAAUAAUCAACAUAAAGGUUCAUUUGUUAUUAGUACAUAGUAUAUAAGAUUAUAUUUUUUGAAUUUAAAAAUUGUUAUUACUCUUAUGUAAUUUGUGGUUUUUUGCGUGGUAAAAUCUAUAGGUAUCUCGUAUAUCGGUUGUAUGUUUAAUUAGAGAUAAUUAUGUAACAUUAAAUUUUAAGAUUCGAUAGUCUAUAACAGCUUGACAAGGAGGCAUAGAUAGUGCUGUCUUGAUUUGAAGCUUAGUUUAAUGUUUUUCGUUAUCUGUAAAUUAUAAUAUAAUCAUUUGUAUGCAGUAAAAACUGUAAUAUGUACAUUGUAUGUACAGUCAACAGCAUAUAAACCUUCCCAAAUCCACCAAUCCAGAAUAAGGUAACAUUUACAGAGUUUUCCAUGGAUUAUACUUGUACGCUGUUUUGCAACAUGUACAAUUUAUACAUUUUGUCCCCUAUAAAAUUCAACUUCAACACAGAUUUGCACUGCUAUGCCUUCACAACUCAAAUUAAUAUAAUAUCAAAUAUUGCCUGGCACGCUAGAAAACCCUAUAGUUAGUGAGGCUAGUAAAUAGAAUAUAUUAUAGCAAAUAAAUAGAGAGACGAAUAUUUUCUAUACUUGUUUUCAUAUUCAUUGAACAAAUUGAUUUAUUUUGUUUGAGAAAUCAGGUUUCAGUUCUAUUUUGAUUAUAUCCCAUACUGAUAAUUUGUGUGCUUCCUCUGCACAGUAUGAUCCGAUAAUAUGGAAGUACACUAUAGUAGGUUUUAUUUAUAAAUCUAAAAAAAUACUAUGCAGAAUUGCUGAAAAGGUAAUAUUUUUAAUAUUCACCUUGCCUCUAUAGUAUAUUAUGCCUUAACACAUUCACUGCUGAAAUAACGUUUUUAUAGUAACUUUCCUUGGCAAAAAACGCUGGGGGCAUUAUCAGCAGUAAAUAUGUAUCAUACAAAUAUUUACUUUAUGUAUUUUUUUUACUUUGAAUAGUAUGGGAUGGUCCAAGGAAGAUUUACAUAUAAGGUAUUGGCAGUUGUGUAUUUGUGUGUUCAUAAAGAAAUGUGUACUUUCUGAUAACAGUUGUGUUGUGUGCAUAGUUUGUUGUCUGUUUUUUGUAAUAUCGUAAUUAAUUCUUACCUAUAUUAAUUAAUAUAGAUUAUGUAAAACA